AUUUGUGAUGUUGAUGACGACACAUUGUGGGCGUGUCUUCUGGCUGUAGUCCACUUCCUGUUUCUCUGCCUGGUUUCUCUGAUCUGAUCAGCUCUUCAGCUCUUCAUCCUCCGACUGACGACAGAAACACACCAUGUCACAUCAAACGGGCAUUAAAGCGGGUAACGAUGUGAAAGAUGUCUUUGCCACUGCCAGAAGCGGAGACCAAUAUCGAGUCUUAAAGGUCGUCAUUGAUGGCGAGCAGCUGACUAUGGGCACCACCGGGAGAGCAUCCAAGAAGUGGGACCAGGAGUAUGAUUCCUUAGUGCUGCCCCUCCUCGAGGACGACGUGCCCUGCUAUAUUCUGUACCGGCUGGACUCCACUAACAACCAGGGCUACGAGUGGGUCCUCCUUGCCUGGUCACCAGACAGCUCUAUUGUGCGAAAUAAAAUGUUAUAUGCUGCUACCAGAGCCACACUGAAGAAAGAGUUUGGAGGCGGGCACAUCAAGGAUGAGAUUUUCGGAACCACAAAGGAUGAAGUGACUCUCAGCGGAUACAGGAAAUAUCUAACCUUGCAGGCUGCUCCCCUGCCCCUCACUGCUGCAGAGGAGGAGCUGAGACAGAUUAAACUAAAUGAGGUGCAGACGGACAUCAGCGUGGACACCAAGCAGCAGACUCUGCAGGGAGUGGCCUUCCCCAUUCACUCAGACGCUGUUGCAGCACUUGAACGUUUUAGGGACAAACAACUGAAUUACGUACAACUGGAAGUAGACGCUGAACAGGAGCUGAUUCGGUUGUGCAGCACUGAGCCAACAGAGUUGAAAGACCUGCCGAUGAGAAUCCCUAAAGAAUCUGCACGUUACCACUUCUUCCUCUACAAACAUUCCCACGAAGGCGACUACUUAGAGUCCACAGUCUUCAUUUAUUCUAUGCCCGGGUACAGUUGUAGCAUCCGAGAGAGGAUGCUGUAUUCCAGCUCCAAAAAUUCCUUGGUCGACAUGGUGGAGAACAAACUCCAGCUCGAGAUUGAGAAAAAGUUGGAGAUUGACGAUGGGGCUGAGUUGACCAGUGAUUUCAUGUACGAUGAGGUGCAUCCCAAGCAGCAUGCACACAAGCAGGCCUUCGCCAAGCCCAAAGGCCCCGGAAAGAGGGGCGGCCGCCGCAUCACCCGACCACCCGCAGAGGCAGAGGAGGAAGAUUAAACAGACCUCAGCACCCGACCACCUCCACCUCCACCCCUGGCACGUUCCACAGUGGAACAUUCCUGCGAUGGGGGGGAAUCAUAUUUGCCACGCUUGUUUAAAAGAAUAAGACGACAACUUCAAAUCCCCACAAAGUUCCCCAGAGACCCAACUAUGCACGCCAAGGACAACUGAGCAAUGACACACUUCAGAAUUUCCAUUUGUAGCUUGCCAAAUGGAAGCAUAUUUAUGUAUGUUAGUACAGUCACAAUUCAUUCACGAUUCAAAGAGUCCCAAACAAAGUCAAGCUUGAGGUUUUUACAUUGUUGCCAGUUCUGAGACUUUAAAAAAAAAUGUUAGUGUGACGAAUGUGAACCUGCGCCAAUAUGAUAAAACCCCCACUUUUUGAGUUCACAUGCUCGAAUUCUUAACUUGCAUUCCUUAAGUCUGUGUCAAUUAAUGUUUUUUUUCCGUGUCUAAUGUGUUGAAUUUGUGUCCUACUGUUUGCACAAUGUGGUGCUCCAAAGCAGAAAAGAUUGAAUUAUUCCCACUUGUGUCUAUUGAUUCAUUUUAACAGUGCAUUUUAUAUUGGAAAAAUUGACUUCUUUUUUGAUAUAACUGUGGUUUACAUGAAAAAUCAUCUGCUGAGAAACUUAUUUUUCUAUGCAAGUGCUGUAAAUGUACAUAAUUGUAGCUGUGUGAUGCUCUAUGAUAAAGAGUCUGGUCUGUUCUGGUGAUUGUCUGUGUCAGUGAGGAUCACAGUGGAAACAACAGGGGCUUCCAGAAAUAUGACAUCAAUACUUCUCCCAUUUCACUGAAGAGGAAGCUGCUCACACUUUGCUGGUUCCCCCUUCAAACGGGCACCAAGCAACCUGGAUAGGAAAGGGAAUACUACAAGUACCUUGAUUAAAAAACAAAUGUUGCCACAUCCACUGGUCUAGCGAUUAAUAUUAGGCAAACUACUUAGCUCACCUCAUGUUCGAAAGGAAUAUCCUUUCCU